AUGUCUAAAACACACACGCAGCCUUCGUCGUCCUCGGCAGCGACUACACGCGGGGGACAGUCCAACUCGUCCUCGCCUUCGCCCGUCGGAGGCUCCACAUCUCCCGCCACCGUGUUGAACGUACAGCCCGAGAAACCUCAACAUUACACAUAUCUUAAGGAGUUCCGAACGGAGCAAUGCCCCUUGUUCGUCCAGCAUAAAUGCACUCAACAUAGGCCCUUCUCCUGUUUCCACUGGCACUUUUUGAACCAGCGGCGGAGAAGACCCGUCCGGAAAAGAGACGGAACCUUCAACUACAGCCCGGACGUGUAUUGUACCAAAUACGAUGAAGGGUCUGGCACUUGUCCCGACGGAGACGAGUGCCCGUUCCUUCACCGGACGGCAGGAGACACGGAGCGCAGAUACCACCUCCGAUAUUACAAAACCGGAUCCUGCAUCCACGAGACAGACUCCAAAGGCCACUGCAGCAAAAAUGGCUCCCACUGCGCCUUUGCCCACGGAUCACACGACCUGCGCAGCCCGGUCUACGACAUCAGGGAGCUGCAGGUGAUCGAGUCCCAAGGAGGCUCCGGGACGGCAGAGGGCGGAGGGGGAGGAGGAGGAGAUGAACAGGACUACAGGCAGGACUACGGGAAGGACUACGGGCAGGACUACGGGCAGGACUACAGGCAGGACUACGGGCAGGACUACGGGCAGGACUACGGGCCGGACUACGGGCAGGACUACGGGCAGCACUACGGGCAGCACUACGGGCAGGACUACAGGCAGGACUACGGGCAGGACUACGGGCAGGACUACGGGCAGGACUACGGGCAGGACUACGGGCAGGACUACGGGCAGGACUACGGGCAGGACUACGGGCAGGACUACGGGCAGGACUACGGGCAGGACUCCGGGCCGGACCACAGUCAGGACCACAGUCAGGACCACAGUCAGGACCACAGUCAGGACCACAGUCAGGACCACAGUCAGGACCACAGUCAGGACUCCGGGCCGGACUACAGGCAGGACCACAGUCAGGACCACAGUCAGGACCACAGUCAGGACUCCGGGCCGGACUACAGGCAGGACCACAGUCAGGACCACAGUCAGGACCACAGUCAGGACUACAGGCAGGACUCCGGGCUGGACUCCGGGCUGGACUACGGGCAGGACCACGGGCAGGACCACGGGCAGGACCACGGGCAGGACCACGGGCAGGACCACGGGCAGGACCACGGGCAGGACCACGGGCAGGACUACGGGCAGGACUACGGGCAGGACUACGGGCAGGACCACGGGCAGGACCACGGGCAGGACCACGGGCAGGACCACGGGCAGGACCACGGGCAGGACUACGGGCAGGACUACGGGCAGGACUACGGGCAGGACUACGGGCAGGACUACGGGCAGGACUACGGGCAGGACUACGGGCAGGACUCCAGGCAGGACCACAGGCAGGACCACAGGCAGGACCACAGGCAGGACCACAGGCAGGACCACAGGCAGGACCACAGUCAGGACUCCGGGCCGGACUACAGGCAGGACCACAGUCAGGACCACAGUCAGGACCACAGUCAGGACUACAGGCAGGACUCCGGGCCGGACUACAGGCAGGACCACAGUCAGGACCACAGUCAGGACCACAGUCAGGACUACAGGCAGGACUCCGGGCUGGACUCCGGGCUGGACUACGGGCAGGACCACGGGCAGGACCACGGGCAGGACCACGGGCAGGACCACGGGCAGGACCACGGGCAGGACCACGGGCAGGACUACGGGCAGGACUACGGGCAGGACCACGGGCAGGACUACGGGCAGGACUACGGGCAGGACUACGGGCAGGACUACGGGCAGGACCACGGGCAGGACCACGGGCAGGACCACGGGCAGGACCACGGGCAGGACCACGGGCAGGACUACGGGCAGGACUACGGGCAGGACUACGGGCAGGACUCCGGGCAGGACCACAGGCAGGACCACAGGCAGGACCACAGGCAGGACCACAGUCAGGACCACAGUCAGGACCACAGUCAGGACCACAGUCAGGACCACAGUCAGGACCACAGUCAGGACCACAGUCAGGACCACAGUCAGGACCACAGUCAGGACUCCGGGCCGGACUACAGGCAGGACCACAGUCAGGACCACAGUCAGGACCACAGUCAGGACUCCGGGCUGGACUCCGGGCUGGACUCCGGGCUGGACUACGGGCAGGACCACGGGCAGGACCACGGGCAGGACCACGGGCAGGACCACGGGCAGGACCACGGGCAGGACCACGGGCAGGACCACGGGCAGGACUACGGGCAGGACCACGGGCAGGACCACGGGCAGGACCACGGGCAGGACCACGGGCAGGACUACGGGCAGGACCACGGGCAGGACCACGGGCAGGACCACGGGCAGGACCACGGGCAGGACCACGGGCAGGACUACGGGCAGGACUACGGGCAGGACCACGGGCAGGACCACGGGCAGGACCACGGGCAGGACCACGGGCAUCGUGACAACAACUACGUCCUAUCACACUACAAAACUGAACUGUGUAAGAAACCCCCUCGCUUGUGUCGCCAAGGUUACGCCUGUCCCUAUUACCACAACAGUAAAGACCGCAGACGCAGCCCGCACAAGCAUAAAUACAGAGCGCUGCCGUGUCCGUCGGUGAAGCAGAGCGAGGAGUGGGGCGAUCCCAGCAAAUGUGAGGGGACCGAGGGCUGUCAGUACUGCCACACCCGCACAGAGCAGCAGUUUCACCCCGAGAUCUACAAAUCCACAAAGUGUAACGACAUGCAGCAGUCCGGCAGCUGCCCCCGAGGACCCUUCUGUGCCUUCGCUCAUGUAGAAAAGCCUUUGGGGCCAGACGACUGUCCAUCCUCCUGCCCCACACCCGGCUCUCCAGCAUCCAGACCUCCAGACCCAAUGCCCGCUCUGGAGCCUCCGUCCAGCCCCGGGGGUCUGGGCGCGGGCCUGGGAUCUGACAUGGACCAUUUCCCUCCCUCCCUGGGCUCCCUGGGCUCCCUGGGCUCCCUGGUUCCAGAGCAGGGGCUUCUGGGUAGUGUGUUGUCGCUGAGUGAGGAGGUGGGCGGGCCUGACGUGCUGUCUCCGUGGGCGGGGGAAGGCGGCUACGGCAGAGCGCCCGGCUUUGAGAGAGAAGACCAGGCCAAACAGAGAAGCUUCGCUCUGGAACGUCACAGAGACAUGGCCUCCGCUCAGAGCAAGCAGGAUCUGUUGGUGUUUUUACCCGUGGGCAGCCCGCUCAGCCUCUCCUCCAGUAUUCCCUCCAGUCUGGCUGCCACACCCCCCAGCCCUGCUCCUCUGGGACCCCCAGGACCCUCCUUCACCUCUGGGAUGAACGCCAACGCCCUGCCCUUCUACCCCACCAGUGAAACCGUGGAGUCUGUCGUUGAAUCUGCCCUGGACGAUCUAGACCUGAAUGAUUUCGGAGUGUCUGCGCUGGAGCGGAGUCUAGAGAGCAGUGUUGGAGUCAUGCUGGGAGGAAGCCAACUCCAGAGUUCAGCUCCCGUCAAUAUCCCAGGCUCCUUCAGCAGCUCUGCUCCCUUUGGGUCCCCUUCGCCCUCUCCACCAAUCAGGGCCCAUGCUUCAUCCUUCCUGUCCUCGCAUUUAUCCAAUCCCGGCCAAUCAGACAACCCCUUUUUAGGCCCAUCCCACAGCUCUUUAGGUUUGAAUGGUAUGAGUAGCAAUAUCUGGGAGCACUUUCCCUCUGGGCAGGGCUCCCCCGGGACCCCGCCCACCCUCCUCCCGUCGGCCCUGUGUCCAGAGACGGUGCGGCUUAAACAGGAGCUGGACGAUGCUCAUCGAGCCCUGAAGCAGUGGGGCCACAGCUGGAGGCACACGGCUCAGUCGUGGGCAGCCAUGAAGGCUGAAGCAGAGGAGUCCAGAGCCCAUGCAGCACGGUUAGCCAUGGAGGCAGAGCGAGCCAAACAGGCCGAGGAGGAGGCGCAGAGGCAGGCGGCUCUCCUGCAGGAGGCGCUGGAGAGUCUGCGCAGAGGAGAAAACCCUCAUCUAGACGCGCACCAGCUGCAGCUGCUGCACAGGCUGCCGCUGGAGUCUGUGCUGAGCCUCCAGGCCCAGCUCUGCAGCUGCCUGCAUGCAGUAGAACAGGUGGUUUACCGGAAGCAGCAUCAGUGCUGUGUGUCGUGUGGGGAGCCUGGCUCACUCUCUCUGCCCUGUGGACACGGUCUACAGUGUGACAGCUGCUCCUCCUCCUGCCCUGUGUGUCCUGAGCAGCAGCAGGAGGAGCAGCAGCAGGAGGAGCAGCAGCAGCAGCAGCAGCAGCAGCAGCCUCCACAGUCGCUCUCCUGA